CGGGGCUUAGAAACCAGAAUCACUCGGGCCUGAUCUCUCCGUCAGCGGCCGUCCUUGAGUCCGCCAGAAGCCGCGCCAGACGUCUUGGAUUUAGGUCUAACUGCUCGCCUUGGAAAUAUGACUUCCUCCAACCCCGACCAGCGCCUGGAGCAUCUCCUCAGCGCCGUGGAGAGCGAGUUCCAGAAGGGCAGCGAGAAAGGCGACGCUUCCGAGAGGGAUAUUAAACUGACGCUGGAGGAUGCAGACUUAUGGAACAAGUUCAAAGAGUUGACCAACGAGAUGAUUGUCACAAAAACUGGGAGGAGGAUGUUCCCGGUGCUGAGGGCCAGCGUCACCGGCCUGGACCCCAACGCCAUGUACUCGGUGCUGCUGGAUUUCGUAGCCGCGGACAACAACCGGUGGAAGUACGUGAACGGGGAGUGGGUCCCCGGUGGCAAGCCGGAACCCCAGAGCCCCAGCUGCGUCUACAUCCACCCGGACUCCCCGAACUUCGGAGCGCACUGGAUGAAAGCGCCCGUUUCCUUCAGCAAAGUCAAACUCUCCAAUAAACUCAACGGCGGCGGACAGAUCAUGCUGAAUUCUCUGCACAAAUAUGAACCGAGGAUACACAUUGUGAAGGUCGGAGGGAUCCAGAAGAUGAUCAGCAGCCAGUCUUUCCCCGAAACACAGUUCAUCGCUGUCACUGCUUACCAGAACGAAGAGAUCACGGCGCUGAAGAUAAAACACAAUCCCUUCGCCAAAGCCUUCCUGGAUGCUAAGGAAAGGAGCGACCAUAAAGAAGUCCCUGAUCACAGUGCAGACAGUCAACAGUCUGGCUACUCUCAACUUGGAGGUUGGUUCCUCCCGGGCCAGAGUCCUAUCUGCCCCAGCAGCAGCCCUCCUCAGUUCAGUGGCACCGCGGGCCACUCCUCGGGCUCCUACUGCGAGCGCUACUCCAGCCUGAGGAGCCACAGGUCCGCCCCGUACCCCAGCCACUACCCCCACCGCAGCUCCAGCACAAACAACUACAUGGACAACACUUCGGGCACUCUGCCGACUCAUGACAGCUGGUCUGCUCUUCAGAUCCCCAACUCCACGGGCAUGGGCACUCUGUCCCACACCACCAACUCCACAUCUAAUUCCAGUCAGUACCCCAGCCUAUGGUCAGUAGCCGGCACCACCCUCACCCCUUCAGGCUCGGCCUCGGGAUCCAUACCCGGAGGUUUGACCUCCCAGUUCCUGAGAGGCUCCUCCUACACGGGCCUGACCUCCUCGUUGCCCGUCUCCUCGCCCUCCUCCAUGUAUGACCCCAGCUUGAGCGAGGUCGGGGUCGGGGAGGCCCAAUUCGAGAGCUCCAUCGCCAGGCUGACUGCAUCCUGGGCGCCUGUAGCUCAGAGUUACUGAGCAGCCGAGAAUUCAACUCUGCCGCUCGGCUGUCAUCCCUGAAGGCUGGAGGCUUUAGGAACAGGACUAAAGACAUAAAUAGAGGUCCUGGGGAAAACGUGGAAAUGUCUCAAGACCUGAGAGGACCCAUUUUGGCUCCUGUUUGUGAAAAAGCAUAGUUUAUUCAUCUCAGAGCCUCUAAUUUAAAAAAAGCUGCAAAAUUAGGCUGGAGUCAUACUUGACUGAUGUUGAUGUGCAGAGACAGAACUUGAAAGACAAUCAUCUCCUUCCAUGUUGGACAAUAUCACAAUAGAAUAAUAGACCUUUAGAAUAGCUGCAUCGUCAAAACUCUUUCUUUGCUCUUAGUAAUUCCCAACAUGCUUAUUACUCACUACAAAAUGUUUAUUACACUUUUUUUACUCUUAUGGCUCCACACAACCACCCCAAAUCAAACAAUCCCUGGCACAAUUUUUGUUUUUAGAAACCUUAAACAUAUAAGUUUAAAAAAAAAAAUGGUUCCGCUAACACCAAUGUGUAUAUGUGUGUAUAUAGAAUAAAUUAACGUCCAGUGUUUUCCAUAUAAAUGUGCCUUUUUCUGGUUGCAAUACAAAUGUUCUAAGAUUGGACUGAGUCACAAGUGCCUUCUGUAUCCUGGCAGGGUUUUGUCGGACCAAAAAAAUCCCCCUGCACAAACACAUGUACAUAAACUAUGUAUUUGUAUUUGAAC